AUGCAUCGAUUCUAUAAAAAACUCCGAACAUCUCCCCCCUCAUCUCCAACACCUCCCCAGCCAAUAGUAAAUGAGCCUCCAAUUGUAGAUGUUCCUGAAUCUUACCCACCAGAUUUAAACCCGGAAACUGUAGUAGAUGAACUUGAAGCUGAUCCAGGAUUGCGAAAGAAUUUAAAUACUGUUGCUCCUACUGAGAAAGAGAGAGAUAGAAUUCGAAAUGCAUUCUUGCUAAAAGGACCAUUUCAACCAAAAAAUCAUGUCUUUCCGUUAACUCCAUUUGGGAAGAAAAAUAGAAGAUUCAAUACUUCAUGGUUUAAUCAAUUUCCUACUUGGUUGGAGUAUAGCAUUAAAAAGGAUGCUGCCUUUUGUUUGUGUUGUUAUCUGUUUAAAAGCAAGUGUGGUACUGGAAGUAAUGACUCAUUUGUUGGAGAGGGUUUCACAAAUUGGAAGAAACCGGAAAGAUUUCAGAAACAUGUUGGAGAUCAUAACAGUAUUCAUAAUCAAUGUCAAAGAGCCUGUGAAAUGUUGAUGAAUCCUAAACGACACAUUGAUGUCCUUCUUUCUCAACAAUCCGAGCAAGUGAAGAAUGAUUAUCGUAUACAAUUAACUUCUGCAAUUGAUUGUAUAAGAUUUCUUUUACUUCAAGGGUUAGCUUUUCGCGGGCAUGAUGAAUCAAAAGAAUCAAAGAAUAGAGGGAACUUCCUUGAACUUCUAAAUUUUCUCUCCUGUCACAAUGAGAAAAUUGAAUCUGUUUUUAAGAAUGCCUCUGAUAAUAAUAAAUUAACAGCCCCAUCAAUUCAAAAAGACAUCACAAAUGCUUGUAGUGUUUUGACAUUAAAAGCCAUUAUCUUAGAACUCGGGGAAGAACCUUUUGCUGUCUUAGUUGAUGAGGCCCGUGAUGUAUCUUAUAAAGAACAAAUGGCAGUAGCUUUACGUUACGUGAAUGAACGAGGAUGUGUGCUUGAAAGGUUCAUUGGAAUUGUUCAUGUUAGUGAUACUACAGCUAUUUCUCUUAAGGCUGCAAUUGAAUCAAUAUUUGCUUCCCUUGGAUUAAGUAUAUCUAGAUUGCGGGGGCAAGGAUAUGACGGAGCAAGCAAUAUGCAAGGACAAUUCAAUGGGUUAAAAAGUAUUAUAUUUCAGGGGCAAGAGUUGUUGGCAGACACUCAUUUUUGUCGCAAAAUAAUAUACUUUUGGCUUGGCUGUGACUUGUGA